AUGAAUCAAUUAGGAAUUGAUACUGAAAAUGGUGUCAGGCAAGAGUUACUAUCGAUUGAUGUCACUGAGAAUACACCCGAGCUUCUUUCUGUCAAGUCUGACGCGAUAGAGUCAGAAUCCAAAGAUGAAAACGCAACUCCUCCUACACACAACUACUCCACUAGAUCGAAAGAAAGGCAGAUUGAAAAGGAUCUAGAGAUUAAAUCGAAGCUUAAACAGCUCCAGCAUAAUGUUGUGGUACAACCACGUUUAAAGCCGGUUCCAUUUCUCAGACUGGAUCUUAACACUGUUGAAUUUUCAAAGAAUCUUAUGACUACUACAAAAGAUAUAAAAUUUUAUCAAUCAGAAGAUCGUCCUUUCAAUAGAAGAGGGUUCAAGUAUAAGCCGUGCAGGCCUAAUCCAUCGUUCAAAUCAAAUUUGUAUUCUACUUCAGAGAUCCCACCCUUUAAAGUACGACCAAGUUACUUUGAUAUGGCUCAAGGUAUUGUAUAUAAUAGCGACAUAUCUUUGAUAUCAACUUUACAAGGUUGGAGAUCAGUGAGAUCCAAUAUUUGUAUCAGAGAAGGUAACUAUUAUUUUGAAUUUAAUAUUGUUAAUGCUAAUGAAGAAGAAAGUAAAAGUCAUGUCAGAAUAGGUCUUGCAAGAAAGGAGGCGAGUUUGGAGGCUCCAGUAGGGUUUGAUGGUUACAGUUAUGGAUUGAGAGAUGUCCAAGGUGAAUUUAUGACUUUGAGUAGACCCAAAGAAGUUUAUGUGGAAGGUGGAUUUAAUACAGGUGAUGUUAUUGGAUUUUUGGUACAAUUUCCACCUUUAAAAGAACAUAGAAAAGCAGUAGAUGAUUUUAUUCAUUCCAAAUUACCUCUUGUGAAACCAGAUGAUUCAUCAAAGUCAACUCCUGUUAAACAGCCGGAUCUCAAAAGAAGAAAAAAAACAAGAAAGGAAGAUGCUGCUGAAGAUAAUGUCAAAUUUAGUGCAGAUGGAAAUAUUGUAAGAGAUCAAGUUCCUAUCAGAUAUAAAAAUGCUUUAUAUUACGAGCAAUAUGAAUAUUCAAAUACUAAAAUAAUGGAUCAUUUAUUAAAUCCCGUUUCUAUAUAUGGUGAAAAGGCUAUAUUGGAAAAAGAUUCAGCUGAUAAGCAGAUUGAAAACUUACCUAUCAUUCCAAAUUCAAAAAUCCGUAUCUUUAAAAAUGGUGUGGAGCAAAAAGGUCAAAUAAAUGAUCUUUACUCAUUCUUACCAACUAAUGUUGAAAACGAAGAAUUGAAUAUUUCUCCAAAUACAAGACAACAACAAAAUCCAAGUUAUAAAAAUACCGACGAUAGCUCCCUUGGUUAUUAUCCUAUGCUUUCUGUUUUCCAGAAUGGUAUUGUUGGAUUAAAUGCUGGUCCAGAUUUUAAAUUCCCAAUUGACGAACAAGACGUCAAGCCACUUAGUCAAAGAUAUGAAGAAAGCAUUGUUGAUGAGUGGUAUUGGGAUAUAAUAGAUGAAGUUGAAGCUGAAUAUUUAGACAGUUUUGAUGCGUAA